GGAAACCAGUCCAGCAGAGGCAGUGAUAUAGGGAAAGUGUAGAGAGCUCCACAAUGGAAGAGAAGGAUUGUAAGUGAACAAGAUUAGUAGAUGCCAAGAGACGAAGUCAGUUGUUCACGACUGUUCAAUGGAAGGAAGGUAGGUGAGGAAGAGAAGCGCCUGCCACAGGACCGAGGGUAGGCUAAGAGAGGUUCGGCGUCAAAGGAAGGAAGAACGGGGCAUCCUUCUUUAAUAUAAGCAGUACUCCGAGCGUUCCUGCCUUAUCAAGCUUAAAGAAACAUGGCUCAAAAAGAACAAUGCAAAACAGGUACAGGCCCGGCAGGGCUGCUGUUCCCACUCAUCAUGUCACGCGAAAAUUGUCUUGUUGCCAUCGGGAAGGUGAGAGCAGGCCCAGGUCUGGUUUGGCCGAUGAGCCUCCUGGCGGCCGUCCUCAUUCGUCGUUUCGCAUUAAUGCAAAAAGUUUCGAGCAACCAGCAGCCAGUCGUUUUGGCAGUGCGGAGGGGCUAUCAAGGCCGGGAUGCGUCGGUGGGGGACAAGAGAACGGAAGGGGAGGGGGCGGAGACGAUGGAGUGUUCAAAGCUUCUCCCACGGACGACUUGGUCGAUCUUUCGAUGUCCCUGGUAUUACGAGGACUGGGCUACGGGGGUGUAGAAUGCGGGAUGGUGAGGGAGACGUGGGAGGCUCGAACGGCGGCGGCAGCGAAAGCACCUAUCUUCCCUGUGGCUGAGGUUCCACACGAUACUAAGCGGCGGCGUCCAGACGCCGUUUCAAGGCGGGCGCCCUAGUCGAGCACUUGCAGUCCUAGAUAAUUAGACCAGGGAUAUAUCUGUCAGUCAUCUGGUGCUUG